GGAAGAAAUCUGUGUAUGUUGAGCCAUCUAGGAGAGUGAAAGAAAUUCUUGAAGAAGAGCUUAAUUUUCAUAAAGAAUCCUGCCGCGUUAAACAUCUGGCAGCAGUGGCUCUGCAAGGAAUUUGGAACGUGAAAAAGAAUUUCCCCAUCGGAAGGCUGAAACCAGUGCCACAGAACAGAAACAGUUUACUUUUGCAGCCUCAGUUCUACUCAAGGCAUUCAGGAAUGAAAA